AUGACGCUCAUGAUGAGCGGUGACGCCAGCGUGACGGCCUUUCCCGAGGGCGACAACCUGUUUUGCUGGAAGGGCACCAUCGCGGGAGGCAAAGACACGAUUUACGAGGGUCUGGCCUACAAGGUGACAAUCACGUUCCCCAACAACUACCCUUACAGCGCGCCUACGGUCAAGUUUGACACGCCCUGCUACCACCCGAACGUGGAUGAGACGCACGGGCACAUUUGCAUUGACAUUUUGAAGGACCAAUGGUCUGCCAGCUAUGACGUGCGCACCGUCCUUCUCUCCAUUCAGGCCAUGCUGGGUGACCCCAACGUCGACAGCCCCCUGAACGGCGAGGCUGCUCAGCUGUACCAAAACCGAGAUGUUUACAAGGCACAGGUUCACCAGCAUUAUCGCCAGCAUGCCCAGGCUUGCUAAGGCGAGCAGGCGGAAUGUGCAACAUGAUACAUGCGCGCCUGUCUGCGGCAGCCCGCGUCAUGCCCGUUUUGCACCCGACAUCGUAUCUGUUCAUGUGUCGUCGCGAGAUAACUUUUGCUUACAUGUUAAUUCUUUUGCGUUCUCUUCACCGUUGUUGUGUUCCACGACCCCGCCUGGCGGUUCGGUUCGUGUGGUCUCGGUCCUUUCUCUGUUUGUGACGGGUGUUUUUGCAGCGAGACCUUGCCCCAUGGUUGGGA